AUGGCCGAGUCGCCCGGGCAGGCGCGGUCGCACGAAAAAGUCCAUCACACUGUUACCGCCUGCGUGCGGUGUAGGCAGAGGAAGACGAGGUGUGACCCGACCCUUCCCCGUUGCCAACCGUGUGAGCGAAGCAAUGCCCACUGCGAGUAUUACGAUUCCGCAAAGAACAGAACCAUUCCGAGGGCGUACAUUACCUCCUUGCAGGAGACCGUCCGCAAACUCAACGAAGAACUCAAGGCGCUGGAGCAAGAGGAGGACUAUGAUCUUGACCACGAGUCUAUGGCGCGCGCGGCCGGCCUGGUCAAAUUCAGUGAGACCGACGACGGCCGCUUCCUGGGCCCUUCAAGUGGGAUUGCCGUCACGCGCUUCGUGAUGGAAUUCGCAAAACAAAGUUCCGCGAAAAGAACCAUCCAGGAUGUCGUGCCACAUCAUGCCGCACAAGAGAUCAAGCAGAAGUUUGAUGCCGAGAGCAGCAAACCAACGUCCAAGGUCUAUCCUCUGAUCAGCUCAGUCGCCGCUCCCGACCUACCGAAUCGGGAACUCAUGGAUAACUUGGUCCAGAUAUACAUGGUCAAAGCCCAGUAUAUGCUGCCAUUACUCCACGAGCCCUCCUUUCGUCAAGAACUGCACGCUGUUUACGAUGGUUCUACCGACCCGACCCUCAAUUUUCAAGUCCGUAUGGUGAUUGCAAUUAGCAUGCAGAAACUUGAUACACAAUACGCUGGCCUUGCUGACAGCUACUAUUUGGCUGCUCUGCCAUUUCUGACGGGGGCGGUACAAAAGAUGGACUUGUCUACGUUGCAAUGUUUCGCCCUGAUCGCUCAGUACUCGCUACUUACGCCAACGAGGACAGCAGCAUACUGGGUCGUGGGCAUGGCUGCCAAAUUAUGUCUGGAACUCGGACUGUGCGAGGAAGAGACUAUUCAUAGACCGUCUUCCGGGGCUCGCCCGAACGCCCUCGAGGUUGAUAUGCGGCGCCGAUUGUUUUGGAUCAUCACAUCAAUGGAAUACGGCCUCUCUCACAGCCUGGGGAGACCGAGUGCUUUUGGGGUCACGAUCGACAACAUCAACGUGAACUUCUUUGAGCUUUGCGACGACAAAUUCAUCACUGCAGACGGCCUACUCCAAGGGCAUCAUCCAAUCAUGAAAAAAUGUAUUUCGGUCCAUUUCCUCAAAAUGCGACUUCUCCAGGCCGAGAUUAGGCGGACUUUAUACCUCAGAAAGCGAGAAUCUCCCGCUUCGGACACUGACCCUUGGUUCAGCAUGAUGCUGAAAAAGAUUGAUGAUUGGGUUCGGGAGUGUCCAAAGAAUGAUGAAGGUUCAGGACUUAGUGAGAGUUGGUUCAUUGGGAGGAAAAACACGAUGAUAGUAUUCAUGUAUCGCCCGUCACCUCAAAUCCCGAAUCCAUCAUUCGAUGCCGCGCAGCGGUGCUAUGCCGCAGCGGUGUUUAACAUUCAACUCCAGAAACGCCAGGUGGAAGCACGACUCAUUGACAUCACCUGGAUCUUCACACAGGCCAUAUUCAUGGCCCUCAACACCGUCCUCUGGUGUCUGUCGUAUCCUGGUAUUCGCCAGCAGCAUCCAUUGGAGGAAGUCCAGGUACAAAUCAAGGACGCCUUGCAAGCGAUUGAUCUUUGCGCAGAUCGUUGGCCUGGCGUCAGGUCCGCUCAACAACUUUACGAGAACCUUGUGCUCGGAUGUUUGAAGGCAUACGAAGUGGACAAAGCUGCCGAUUCCCCGCAAUCUGAUUAUGUCUCGUCCACCGCACAGGACGUCAGUUCAUCAGCGUCACAAGUUGCCAACAGCCCGGCAAGUACAGCAAACACCUCGCUCUACAGUACACAGUCACCUCACUCCACCCACAGCACCCACACGGCCACUCAUAGCUUCAAGAAUGCGGCAGCCAGUUACAUGAACCAUUCGAAGCAACCAUUUCCCCAUCCGGACGUGAGAACCGUGUCUACCCAGCCACAAGCAACCAACGAUCAGUAUAUGACGACCCCAGCCCUGCAAACUGACAUGCAGACUCUCCACUACAGCCUGCCGGGAUUCGACCCACACAGUACGGACGGCUACCUCCCUGCGACCACGAAAGGUUCGAGCUGUUGGACUGGUGGUCCGAUGAUACCAGGGGUCAUUCCAGGUAUAACCGGCUCACCAGACAUCAACUAUGACGACCUGCCAUACUUGGCAUCAUUCGGGCAAGAGUAUUCGCGCUACAUGCAGCAGUCUUACCCUCCGACCUAUCAAGUGCCAACCCUGAGUCAACAACAGCAGGUGGAACUCAUGGAAUCUUUAGAGCACAGUCAGUUUCCCGAUGUGUCCAGCCUUGUCAGCGAUGCCACGACUUUCUAUUCCGCCCAACUGCCCUGA